AUGCCUUCAAUUCUUGGUAAAGAAAUUGCCGAUACUGCCUAUGGCCUCAUGGGGUUCACCUGGCGCCCCUACCAGACCCCCGACGAAGAUGCUUUCCGCGCCAUGAAGGCCGCUCUCGCCCACGGCGCAAACCUCUGGAACUCCGCUGAAUUCUACGGCCAGAACACUGCCCCCCUCAAGCCUACCGACAAUCUCUCCCUCCUUGCCCGCUACUUCACGCAAUACCCCGAAGACGCCGACAAGGUCCUCCUCUCGGUAAAGGGCGGCUUCAAUUUCGUAACUUUCAAACCUGAUGGCUCUCCAGCCGGUAUAAAACGUAGUGUCGAGGCAUCUGUCGCCGCCCUCGACGGAAAGAAGAAGAUUGAUAUCUUCGAGUGUGCCCGUGUCGACAAAGACACACCCAUUGAGACCACCAUCGCUGCACUUGCAGAGUACGUCAAGGACGGGACCAUCGGCGGAAUUGGACUCUCAGAGUCAAGUGCGGCCACCAUCCGCCGUGCUCAUGCGGUUCAUCCCAUUGCGGCUGUUGAAGUAGAAUUUUCUCUGUGGUCUACCGAGAUCUUAUACAACGGCGUUGCAGAGGCUUGUGCUGAACUGGGAAUCCCAAUCGUUGGCUACUCGCCCCUUGGGCGUGGGUUCUUGACAGGGCAGAUCAGGAGCAAUGCCGACAUCCCAGACGGCGAGUACAGGAAACACUUUGACCGUUUCCAGCCAGGGAACUUUGAGAAGAACUUACAGCUUGUUGACGCUGUAAAGGAGAUUGCGGACAGGAAGGGUGUGACGGCGAGUCAGUUGGCCCUGGCAUGGAUCAAGCACCAAAGUGGCCGUGGGGACAAACCAGUGAUUAUUCCGUUGUUUGGGGCGGUGAAGGACACGAGGGUUGAAGAGAAUAUGAAGAAGGUUGAGGUGACGGAUGAGGAGGCCGCGGAGAUUGAUAAGAUAUUGAAGAGUAUCGAGAUUGUAGGUGGGAGAUAUAUGAAGGAGUUGGAACAUAUGUUGCUUGUUUAG